AUGGGGGUCUGUAGUAUGCAUGAAAAUGAAUACGUUGUGAUCAGGAUUCAGGAUCUUGUAUUCUUCUCCAAACUUAAUAGAACUAGAGGUUGCAGGGAUCAGAAACUUGCAGGAAGAGUUGCUGCUUCUGGAUUCUGUGUUGUAAUUCCAGACUUCUUCCAUGGAGAUCCAUUUGUGUAUGACAAUAACAGGCCUCUAGCAGUCUGGUUAAAGGAUCAUGGAACGGAUAAGGGAUUUGAAGAUGCAAAAUCAGUGAUUGACGCUCUUAUACGCAAAGGUUUUUCUGCAAUUGGAGCAGCAGGCUUCUGUUGGGGUGCCAAGGUUGUGACUGAACUUGCAAAGUCUGAGUUCAUCCAAGCUGCUGUGCUGUUGCAUCCUUCAUUUACUACUGUUGAUGAUAUUGAGGGGGUUAAAUCUCCGAUUGCCAUACUAGGGGCUGAGAUUGACAACUAUUCUCCACCAGAACUCGUGAAAAAGUUUGAGGAUAUAUUAAAAGCUAGACCCGAGGUUGAUAGCUAUGUGAAGAUAUUUCCAAAAGUUGCACAUGGCUGGGUUGUGAGGUAUGAUGCUGAUGAUGAAGCAGCUGCAAAGAGUUCAGAGGAAGCUCAAAAUGACAUGUUGCAGUGGUUUGCUAAGCAUGUCAAGUAA